AAAUUCCAAGAAAAUAUAUGCUGGGAAGUUCUUAUUCACCUUUUGUUUAGUUGUACUGUUAUUAUCUGCGGUGUUGCGAUGGCGCCAACUUAGAAUUGUUUUGAUUUGAUGAACGCUACGGGAACAUGCAUCGAAACUAUGAAUCGUCAAAGAAAUAUUCGAAUAUUUGUUCGUAAUAAGCAAAAGUACAACCCAGCAUCGUUUUCCACAGACCUGCAAUAUGUUGACAUUACUGAUUUUGCUGGAACAACAAUUGGAUAUAUUAAAGAGGAAUGUAAGCGAAACAAUGCAGCAAAGAUAGAUGACCUGUACUACGACAAUGAACCCCUUGCAGAUGAUCGCUCUGUAGCUCACUAUAACCUUACUGAUGGAACUAUCCUGGAAACGACCUCUAACUCCUUCUGGGUGGCGUGUAUUAAUAUCAAGAUGGUGGAGGUCGAACGGCAGAGAGCAGCCCAUCCCCACGAUAAAGGAGUGCAGAAAUGGACACAAAAGUCACAUAUCCGCAAGAAGACUAUUCUCAGUGUGUUGCUGAACUCAAAGAAUGAGUUUCCACGACAACCCCAGCACCUCCCAACUGUCGAGUCACUGGUGGCAUACUUGAAGACCCUUGGGAAGAAGGGAGCUGUGAUGAACCCACUCUACACCCAGAGAGACCUGCAGCAGAUGUACGCUGAGUAUCAGCAGCUCGACGUCUACCAUGUCGACCCACUCGGCUCCUUCCUCACCCGGCAGGCAGCUAGACUAGGCUACUGUAACACACCCAAACCUGCUGUCCCUAGACAAGCUGCUCCUAGACAAGAUGCCAGAAAGUCAAGUGCCCAAACCUCCACCCAGAGAGCAAGGAGAACUACUGGAGGCAAGAAGACUGCUAAACAGGACCUGAUAUGUGAAGACUGUGAGACGAUGGCUCCGGAGCUGUAUUGCCCAGACUGUCAGGGUGUGGGGGAGAAGACUGGAGUAUGCCUGUGUCUGGCUUGUGCUGACAAGCUGCAUUCUGGAGCUCUCAAGAGAAACCAUGGUGUCAAAGAUGUCAGUGCUGCACCUCGGACCCCCAAACAGUACAUACCUCACCCAUAUCGUGCACCGUUUGCUAUCCUGAUUGGAAUGUACAGAGGCCUCCUGGACAUGCCCCCAGUGUUGAGUAUGAAUGAGGGGGAGAUCAAGAUCCGAGCUCAGCCCUUCACGGACACAGACUUGCAGGACAAGCAGACAGGGCGCUACGUUGGGGGGUUUGACUGUAUGGAGAAUACACUCAUGAACAAAGGUCUUGUCCAGAAGGAGGCUGCUGACAGACACACCUUUGCCUUGACCGAGAGUGGACAGAGACUUGGAGAGCAGCUGUAUUUGUUCCACACAGCUGUCACCAGCUUCAUGGCUGGCAACAAUGUCCCGACUGUACCAGUACAACACAUGAACUCACAGUGUGGUACAAGGCGUCUCUAUCUGGUUAUUGAUGACAAGGAACGUGAUGUGCACCGCUUGUCAAAGCUUGCAAGGGAUCAUGGUAUACCGACAUUGAUCCGUAGUCUUCCUGCGGGAGACUAUGUCUGGAUUCUGUCCCCGCCUCUCCCAAGUCCACAUGUGGAGUACAAUGGCAACAACAGAUCAGCAGAAAUGCUGCUUCCCUUCAUCGUAGAGAGGAAGUCUUGGGACGACUACUACAACAGCUGGCGGGGGUCACGCUUCCAACGUCAGGUCAACAACAUGAAGGCCAGCGGAGUAGAUAACUGUUUCUACCUGGUUGAAGGCUCUGUGAAGAAUCUGAGGUUUGUGUCAGCCGAUCUGCAGCAAAGGCUAAAGGAUCAGCUGGUACCCCUGAUGAUGGAGGAUGGGUUUUAUGUCAACUACACAUCCUCAUGGUCCAAGUCUGCCCAGUGGCUGUGCUGGAUGACCUCCCUCAUUGCCCAAGCUUACAAGGAAGGAGUGUUUAAGAAGCAGAUGACUUUCUCUGAUAUGCAAAGAAACAUUACUGAGAACAACCGCAACCCGUUAGUUCGACAUGGGAGAAGGCACGGCAAAUCUCAUGUGUGGCUGUCUCAGGAUCUCAUACAGUGCAUCUCAAGCAGUACAGAGAAAGGCUCAUUGAAGAAGACCUGUGAAACAAACUUUGGUCCUUCAGCGGGCAGUCGUGAUCCAUGCCAACUUCUUGUCAUAGAAGGACUGGAGAUAUAUAACAAGCAACGGAGUGGCUUGCUGAUCAAGUGUUGUGAGUCUGUAGCUAAUGUACCAGACAACAAGCUCAAUGAUGAGGUGAGCUUGUACCUCUUGCCUCAGAAAGACAAGAUGCUCCAUUAUGAUGUGUUCAGCUACUGGCAGUUGUAUAUACAGGUCUUCUUUGGCGUGUAUGUGGUGAGGUCAGAGGUCACAGAGGACACUGGUCACAUUCAUGCUGCAUUUCAUCAGGCCCUCAGCAGAAGUGGCACACUUGAUACUAGGGUCAGUGCAGCAGGUGCUAGUUCAGGGGCCAGGCUGAUGGUGAAGGACAGCACCAGAGGGGCCAGCCUGAUGGUGGUUGACAGGACUGGAGGGGCAGCCUGAUGGUGAAGGACAGCACCAGAGGGGCCAGGCUGAUGGUGGGCGACAGGACAGGAGGGGCCAGUCUGAUGGUGAAGGACAGCACCAGAGGGGGCAGCCUGAUGGUGGGGGACUUUGCUGUUGACCUCCAGA